AAUUUCUUUUCAUUUUCACCUCUUUUGUGUUCAUCUCUUUGUUUCUUUCUUCCCUUUUAUAUAUAUAUGUAUACAUUCUUGUCUUUACUCUUGAAAUCAACAUGUUGUUUUCUUAUUUUUACCCAAAAAAAAAAGAAAAAGUCAUCCUUCAAGAUUCGGCAACCUCAAUAUGCUCUUGUUAAUUCCCCUUAUCCCUCUCAUUUUCAACAUAAACAGCAUAUUCUUGGAAUCCCCCAUUUUUCUCUAUGCAAUCGAACUUAGGGUUUUUUUUUUUUUUUUUUUUAUAAAUCUGUUUGAUUUUGACUCAAUUGAUAUUAUGUAAAAAAUUGAAAGUUUUUGAGUGAGUUAAUUAGUAGAAGAAGAAAGGAUGAAGUUUUGGAAAAUACUGUGUAAUUUGAUUGAAUCAACGUUGCCAGAAUGGAGAGAUGAAUACAUAUCAUAUAAGAAAUUGAAGAAGCAAUUGAAAAAUAUGUAUCCUCCAAAUAAAAACGAUGGAACAAACCCUAUUAAGCGCUUAAAGUUAGAUGGAGAAGCUAAUUCGUCGAUGGAAAGUUUUUUGAAUCUGCUUCAGGAAGAAUUGGAUAAGUUUAACCAAUUUUUUGAAGCCAAGGAAGAGUUUUAUGUUAUUAAGUGGAGGUUAUUGCAGGAGAAGGUUGCGAAUGUCGGAGAUUCAAACGAGAUGCUGAUGAAAGUAGGGAGAGACAUUGUGGACUUCCAUGGAGAGAUGGUUUUGUUAGAGAAUUAUAGUGCUUUGAACUAUACAGGAUUGGUCAAGAUUCUAAAGAAGUACGACAGGCGGAGCGGCGAGCUGAUCCGUGUGCCAUUCAUCAAGAAGGUGUUGCACCAACCGUUCUACUCAACCGAUGUGCUCGACAAGCUAUUGAAGGAAUGUGAGGUUAUGCUUGAUCUUCUCUUCUUCAAGAAAGACAUGUCAACUGCUGCUGCUGCUAUCAAUGAGGAAGAAAGUGCGACUAAGGGUAAAGAAAAGGUGUUGAACAUUCCCGAAGAUCUUGCAGAGAUCGAGUAUAUGGAGAGUAUGUACAUGAAGCUAACGUUAUCAGCAUUGAAUGCUCUGAAUGAGAUUAGGGGUGGAAGUUCAACGAUUGAUGUGUUCUCAUGGCUUUGAACAUCACUCAUUUAUGGUUCAAAAGUGUGUGGUUUGUGAUAUAUAUAUAUAGGGAACUACAUGUCGUGUGUUAUACUUUUAAUCAAGUUUUAAUUAUUGCUUGCUUGUUCUUUA